UGGCAACCACGCAGAAUCGUGCGAGAUCGAAAGAUCAUGGUGUCGUACGACGUGUCGUCCAGCGCAUCGAGCCGCAUCGUCCGCAAGAAUGUAAAUAAAGCGCCGCUUAGCUGACCAGUCCGAGUGUAAGAGGCGUAAGAGCACGUCGCCGCGAGACCCGCAAUAUGCGCGUAGCCGAAUACGCGACGACAACCGGCCCGUUGAGCAAUCACCAAAGAUGAACGUUCCAUUGUUUGGCGUUCUCGGAGUUGCCGUUACUCUGCUUGUUUACAUCUUCGGCAUAGGAACAAUUAUAAAACUUUCAAUCUGCUUGCUUACAUUAAUUUUAGGGACAUUAAUUUGUAUAUAUAGAACGUACUCACCGAAUCUCGACAAUGUAAUUAAGUCUGAAAGGGAAGAUUUAACUAAGAAGACUGAAAAGUUCCGGCAGUAUAUACUAGAUCUGUCUAAGGAGAGGAUGACAUUUACAUUAGAUAGGAGAAUAACUGGUAGUUGUAUCAUUGAUGAAUCCCUGCAAGAAAUCUUGGAUUUCUUAAUCAGAGAUUAUGUGGAACCGUGGUAUAGUGUUGUUACGGAUGAUGAGGAGUUUAUCUAUUCCGUUCGAGAUACUGCCCAAAAAAUCGCUAUCAAUGUAGCAAAUCGGGUCAAGAGUGUCGAUUGGAUACCUUACUUGACUACGCGACUUGUCGACGAUGCAGCCUCCCACGUCAGGUUGUACCGACAAGCAAGUGCAAGGAUGAAGCAAUUACGAUCGAACAGAGUUCCGAAAGGUAGUGCUAGCUCAAGCACAUCAGGCGGGACUCCGAAGAAGACUCCCACUCAUCGACGAAAUAAAAGCGAGACCGACGUCUCUUGGUACUCGCAGUCAAAAUUUUAUACACCUAAUCUGUCAUCACUUACCGAGCCAAUCGAAUCAUCUGGCGAUGAGAAGGAGGACGAAUCGCUGGAAAAGAUAUUCUUUGAUCUCGAAGUCCAAAUGGAAAAUAAUCUGAUAUGCAGAGAUCUGGUAUGCACAAACGACACCCAGGAAUUAGAAUUCUUGGGCGAAAUAUCCGAAAUUCUGUUGUACCUGGUGCUACCCAAGGCGGAUUUCGAUUGUUUAACUGUGAGAUUCGUCUUAAGGGAAUUGUUAGUGAACGUUAUAAUCAGGCCGUUGUUGGAUCUUUUCUCCGAUCCUGAUUACAUUAAUCAGGCGUGUAUAUGGCUGUGUGCUAAGGAUGGUGGUUUACCAAGUGAUAUCUUUUUAACAGUAAUUAGAUUAACGGACAAUUUAGACGAAUUAAUGGCGACGAAAAAUAUAGUUUGUAAAGAAAUAGCGCACCUGCGAUCAAAGGAUUCAGGUGGAGAUGACGAUCUGUCCGUGAAGCAGCAACUGAACAGUCUGGUUUACGUGAAGAAAAUCCUAGAGACAAGAAUCAUCGGUAUGCAGGAAGGCUUGGAAACGGAAACGGACGGUAUCGGCGCACAACCAGAGUGGAACAGAUUGCUCAUACCGGGCCAGAAGCUAGUUAAUUUACCAUUAGAUGAGUUGUUGAAAAACAAUAUCGCGCUCAGUUAUUUCAUCGAUUAUAUGACUUCCAUAAAUGCAGAAGCGUACCUGUUCUUUUACCUGAAUAUCUAUGGAUGGAGAGUCUCAGCCGAACAACAGAUAUCGGACAUUGAGUUACAGAAGAUCCAAAGUACUCAAUCUAGUACAGGUAUGAUCGGCGCUAAACGCAAGAACGCGGAUCUGGAUAAUCUAAAGGAGGCAGCCACAAAGAUCUAUCAACAAUAUCUCAGCGAUAAAGCGUCGCCCAAGCUGCAACUGGAUGACACAUUGGUGAAAAACUUCGUUACAAAAACGAAGAUAGAAUCGGUCAAGGAAACUUGGUUCGACGAGUUGCGAAAUUGCUGCUACGAGAAACUGCAAAAUGAGGACAGAUUCCUGCCAGGCUUCAAGAGAUCAAUGGCUUACGUAAAAUUGCUUGCGGAACUGGAUUUGCUGAAGGAUCCGGUAUCCGAAGAUGAUGCAAAAUCCUUGGACAGUAUAAGCUUAUCCAGCACGAACAACGAAUUAGACACUUUGGAUGAAUUGUCUGAGACGUGCAAAACCGACGACACGAAACCUGCAGUCGUAAAGGAGGGCGGUACUAAAAAAUCGAACUCUUCAACAAGCUUAACAAGCAUAGGAGAAGCAAAUGAGAGUAAGGAAUUUGACGAAUUUGAUACAAAUACGGGCAAUUUGAAAGGCGUGAAAAACACACGUAUGGGGUCUACCGUAGAAAUUGAACAAAUUGGUGAAAAGAAGGAUAUUUCGUUUUAUAUGGAAACUAAUGCGGAGCAAUUCGUCAAGCUAGACGAGAACAAUUACGAUCAAAACGCGAUCAAGAAGCUACAGCAAGGCCGCUUUGAGAUCACUGCCACGAUCAUAGAAACUGGUAUCGUCAGCGAUCGUGGAAAAACAUAUGGCAUAUAUGCGGUAGCGGUCACGAAGAAUUACGAUUCGGGCUACAAGGAGAAGUGGCAUAUCUAUAGACGGUACUCCGACUUCUACGAUUUGCAUCAGAAGAUCAAGGAAAAGUAUUACGAUCUGGCGAAAAUACCUUUCCCCGCGAAAAAAGCCUUCCACAAUAUGGAGCGCACGGUGUUGGAAAGACGAAUGUUGAUGUUGAACGCAUGGUUGUGUCAACUGACGAAACCUGCAAUUAUGGAUGGCCACAUGGGAUUGCAGAAUCUGUUGUUGGCCUUCUUGGAGCAAGGGGAUUACGAUAAAGGUGUCACUGGUGGACAGAUCUCAAGAACGAUAGACUCUUUAAUGAAUCCUUUAAAGACAUCUAUGAAAAGCGUCACGCAGGCGGUUAAAACAAUGCCGGACAAUAUGCUAAGUACGGUGGACGGCGUAAUGGAUAACCUGAGCAAAUUUUUCGGCAAUCCUAAGAAAACUAGUAUAUUUUACGAGAAUACCAAAGUUAGCGCCGGUCUUGAUACAGAGACUGAUGACAAUAUCCCGUUGCGAAUUAUGCUUCUGUUAAUGGAUGAAAUUUUCGAUCUGAAAGUACGAAAUCAGUGGCUAAGACGGCGGAUUAUAACGCUACUGCGCCAAAUCAUUCGCACGAUGUUCGGAGACAUAGUAAAUAGAAGGAUAGUGGAGUAUGUAUCGUUUAUGACUAGCCCGUCAAAAGUUGCGGGAUAUUUGCGCUUAUUCAAGAAUAGUUUCUGGCCGAAUGGCGUGAAGGCUGAGAGUAAACCGCCGCGAGACACUGAGAUGAAGAACCGAACGCGAGUGGCAGCUAAGAUAGCUUUACUUUCGUGUCUCUCGGAUGAAUUGAAACAUAUCAUAGGCAGCGAAACAACAAGACGCGGUUUGUUAAGAGUGUUCGAAUUGUUUCAGCGGCCCGUACUAAACAGAAGAUUGUUGUACGUGCUGUUGGAAGGUAUCGUCGAGACUCUAUUCCCGCAGAACAAUCUAGUGACAAUUUUCAGGAAACUCUAUUCGGUCUCACCGAGAGUGAGAAGUAAAAGUAAAGCAAAGUCCUGAUGGAAGAAUAAGACAGACUGAUGUCCGAAUGUAAUGGUGUGAAAUUUUUUCGAUUAUGUAGUCGAAAAAUUCACAAGUUAAAAAUUUCGACUUCAUCAUCGAAUUUCAAUAAAAUGCAUUUCUUGUCUUUGAGUAGCUUAGAAAUUCACGAUAUUAAGAAAUACUCGUGAAAAGU